AUACUUGGGCGGGCUGGGAAAGCGGCUGUCCUCUUCUUGAGGCACGUCUACGAUAGACUAUGAUGACCACCAUCCGCUGGGUGGUGACAGUCUCUUUCCAACUGCUCUUUACAGUGAGGAAACGGUUCUCGUGAACUUGAAAAUCUGUUCGUCUUCUCAGCUUUCGCUUUAUGUAUACUGUGGGACCCAAGCCCAAACGGCGCCCUUUUACCCGGAUUUGUACCGCCCUCGAAUUUUUGCUGCGUACUCCGUAGACGCAGUAGGACGCGACGUCGUACCUACUAUUGGCGCUCCUAUCCAUCGGGUGCUUCAUCCAGCAGAUAACCUUCAAGAUGACGGUCCACGGGAUACGGACAGCUGCUUCUCAGACAACCAAAGUCAAGAAUGGCGUGGGCGCAUUCAUCUUGCAAUGCAAGAAGAUGGAAUUCCACUACUGCGACUGGGCGGGCAGCUCAAGAGGCAUGAAUGGCUUCAUCAAGGGCAUCCUUCCCAAGUUUGCCGCCGCGAACCCCCAGAUCGAAUUCUCCAUCUCCCCCCGGCCCAACAAACACCCCGUCGUCACCGGACACUACAUCAACGGCCGCACAAAACCAGUCUGCGUGCGGAACCUUUCGCCCUACGAGAUCCUCGAGAAGGUCGAGCUACUACGAGACGCCAGCGGAGAGAAGCUCACAAAGACCAAUAAGGCCGUCACCAGUACGAAGGACAGUGUCAGAGGCAUCUGGUCGCCCUUCCACGGCAAGGGCGAGCCUGUGUGAAGGGGGGGCUGGGUUUGUGUUGUUUCGUGGACAUGUACAAGUGCAAGCGGGGUGUAUAUCAUGUAUUAACACUGUAUCUGCUGGAAG